AUGAAGUUAGCUGUGGUGGCCAUUUCUUUGGCGCUUUUGCGCCUUAGCCCCGUGGAGUGUACAGGGCAGCAGUCGCGGACAGAUUGGACUACGCGGCUACUUGAAGGGCAGCCAGGUGCUACUUAUACCGACAGUAAACAUUUGCCGGGAGCCGCGUCCUGGUGGAAUGGACUAGCAUUGCACCAGGAUCUUCCAAAUUCUCAAGUCCAGCCCCAGCACCAUGUAUUCACGAUGCCUUCAAUGCAACCCCAGAUGGGAGUCCGGCAACAAGAACUGGUUCAACAGCGCCUAGAAGCAAAAACCAAACCGGCAGGAUCAGUGGGCGUAGAUCAGCGAGCGGUUCCCGGUGCGGCCACUUCUACCGCUGCAGCUAGCUUGUGGAGAGCAUCAAGUACAGGCCAAGCGGUACAAGAACUUGCGACAAGGACCUUUCGUGUAUUUCAGCGCCCGUCUACUGGUUGGGGCGGGAAUAGCGAAUUUCCCGAAGUUUUGGUUCCAGCGGAAAAUGUUUUAAACGCUUUGGUGGAGCUCAGCAAGCUCGUUCAAGCUGUUCGUGCAUUUUGUGAAGCCGAAAGCACGCAAAGGAGAUUAGAGGGAGACUUUGCAGAGAUGUCUCAGCGCAUGCCUAAUAGUGCUGGUGCAGCUAGUAUGUUCCCGGUGGAUGCAUUCAUCAAGCAGGGUCAUUCAUACGCACGGCGUGUGACGGGACAUCUGCGCGCACUUAGAGACCUACUGAACACGGUGUGCGCAUCAGACUCUACCAGAGAAAGCGUCCUGCGCGCCGUGCAUGUGUUUAAUUCAACGAUGUCUGAUACCACAAAGGUGUAUCGACUUGGCACUCAGUUGGCCGGCGCUGCUGUUGGUGCUGUCUUACCCCACGUUUCCACGUGCUCCUUCUUCUCGAAAAACGGCCCCCGUGAUGCAUACAAGCUGUUGACAUUGGUAAAUUCUCGCAUACUUUCUACGUUGCGGUAUUUGUACAAAGCGUCGGAACUUUCCCGCAAGGUAGCUGGAGAGCUCGUCGAUCUGGUAUCAGGGAACAUCCCGCCCCAGUCCGUGCAAGACUUCGCCGGCUCGCAGCCAUUCUUAAGGGCAGCAUCCUACUUGACGACAGCAGAGGCACGUUCCGUAUCAGCAGUGACUUACUUCAACGAGCUGGCGGCCGCAUACAAAAGCCAUACCGCGCCUUCUUCGCUUUCUUCUGUCGGUCAAACCACUGGUAUUUCGCCUGCAGAUUCACCGUUGGGCGAAGAUCAGCAGACUAUUGAGUAUGACCAAGACGUGCUGUCCUUGAUGGCAGACGACCUGGAUAUUGACGGCAGUGCACAUGCUGAAGGCAAUCCUGAAUACGCCGACUACGACUCCAGAGGAACCCAAGAACUUCAGACCGUCGCAGACGACAUGUUCUUCCACCCUUCCGACGGAACUGAAAUGGACUUGCAAAGUGACGUCUCGCAGACCCAAUCCGACUCUUGA